GACUUUCCAAAUGAGAAGACAUUAUCUGCUUUUGGCUUACCUUCUUUUUUCUGAUAAUGGCCACCACAGUCUCUGAACUGGACAUUGAGAUUUGGCUUAGAAAAGCCGUUGAGUGGCGCGAUACUACUACUUUACAAAUCCAGCGAGAUGUCUGCCUUCACUUGCCGAAAUUACAUGAGUUCCUGUUGCAGAUUUAUGAAACUUUGAAACAUAUGAGUACCAAUGCGGUGAUAGGAAAAUUCCCUGUUAUUGGACAGUUACUGGGACGCCUUUGCUGGAACCCUAUUGUUAUUGGCCAUGCAGACACUUUCAAGUUGUUGAUGUGUUGCUUGGCCUGCUUGUACAGCAGUGAACCUCAGAAUGCUAUAGAAAUGAAAGCCAACAGCUGGAUUAAGAACCUUGUUUGUCAUCUGUUUACAUCAUCUGAACAAAAAAGAAAUGGAGAAAUGGAAGUCAUUGCCCAGCUGCAAUGUUCAACUGUUGAAUACUAUGAUAAACUUCUAAAAAAUAUAAUUUCAUCAUUAAUUAUUCAGAUUACAAGAAGCCAGUCAGAUGAAAACAAAAAAGAUAUUUUGGAUGAGCAUGUACGCACAAUAUCUGUGACCUGUAUAUGUGUUCUUACAUUGCCUGAAGUUGCCCCAUUGCUGGAAGCGCUGCUUCUGUAUCAUGGGUCUGGGCCAAAAGAGGUUCUUGACAACUACUUCUUGGAAGUUUUAAAUGAUGCCGUGUUGAGGAAGAAGAUUGUGCUAAGUGAAUCAGCAGUACUUAGCCUGUGGCUCCGUCAUUUACCGAGCCUUGAAAUAGCUGUGCUGGAUCUAUUUCAAAGAUUAAUUGCCCUCCAAAGCAAAUCAUUGAAAGAAAUGGAACAGAUUAUAAAAGAUUCAUUCUUGGUAAGAAGUGCUUUACAUCACUUCCUGUUCAUGAACUUUUGUUUAAUACAUAGGAAUGCACUUCUUGAAUGUGAUGGAAACAUUAAAGUGACUACUAUUAUAAGGAUAUUCACACGCUCUUUUACUGAAGAAUAUGAUAAGGAUAAUUUACAGCCAAAGCUUCCACUAAGGGCUUAUUUUCCCAGUGAAAGUCCUGCAUUGGUGUUGGCAUUAUUAAGAAAGUAUGAAGGGUUAACGUCUGAUGCCUGUGUUCAACAUUUGUGCACUGUUGUUAAAAUCCUCAGGAAUAUGGACAGGGAAAAGAGGACUCCUGACUGUGUCUUUAAAUACUGGUAUCUGCUUAUCCACUUUGGGGAAUGGGUAGACAUUGCGGCAGAACAGCUGUUGACAUCAGAUUUGGAAGUUUCAGACGACCUGCUGUGGCUUUUGGCAUUUUACUACAAUCCAUACAAUGAGGACCAAAGCAGGGAUAGAACAAUGGCGGAGGCAAAAUCCACAUGUGGAAGUUUAUUAUCACUCUUCAGAAAUUCAACAGUUUGUCUUACAUCUUUGAAACAAAUAUUCCAAGUGGAAAGUAAUUCAGACCAAUGGCACGUGUGUUCUCUGCAGCUGAUCAGACAUCUUUGUGUAACUUUCCUUCUAUAUUCUCCUGAGUGGCAUAGCAUCAUCAAACAGUGUAUUGCCUUAAUGACUCAGACACAGGAAGCUGCCAGUGAAGUUUCUGACGUACUGGCUCGUACUUUAUGCAGACUUGAUAUUCCUGGAAUGGAAAGUCGUAAGAUAAUCACGAUAGCGCACUGGCUGCUUCAGGACUUCUAAUAGGAAUUAAGGAAAACAGGGCCUAAUGUGUCUUACAACAACAGUGUAUACAGCCGCAUGCUUUUCACUCGGCCAGUGGAAAUUUGAUGUUUCUUGGCAAACUGUUUUGUCCAUGUCACUUUUUCCUGUACGAAAAUGGAGCUAUUUAUUCACAGCAAUGGUUCCAGUGAAUUGCUUAUUUAGAAUACAGAUGUCAGGAAGUUGUUUCUGACCAGUUUAAUAUUAAUGAGUGAUGUGGAACUUCCACCAGCAUUUGCCU